AUGGAGAACAAAAAUACUAGCACUCGUAUUGAACAGAAACCAGAAUCUCCCAAAGAGGAUUCACUUCUCCCCAUCGUUGAGAAAGGACUUUUCCUCCAUGAUUCUUUCUUCGAGGAUAUUCAGAAGCACUUUGAGACAGCCAUUGACCAAAUCCUGGAUACGUGGGGAGAAGCCAGGUCCGUGAGUGAUCUGAUGAGUAGCUACAGACGUGUAAAAGAGCGUAAUUUGCAGCAAGAGAACCAAGUCAUGGCUUUCAGCGAAGACGACCAGAAUCACAAGGUUGUGCUAGAUGUUCAUGACUUCAAGAGUGGAGACGUUAAGGUUAGAGUGGAAGACAAUCAGGUGGUGGUGGAAGGUCGAGUGGAAAAGGAAGAGGACGACUUCAAGUCUAUGAAAAGCUUCUGUCGACGCUUCAACUUCCCAGGCAAAGUAGCUAUGGAGGGCGUGACUUCUGCAAUGUCUUUCGAUGGCGUCUUGACUGUCACGGCUCCGAAGAUUCCACAGGCAGCAUAG